AUGGUCCCCGCACCCGUGGCGGGCAAGACCCCCGCGCCUACCUCUACCUCCACCGCGACCUCCAACUCGGCGUCCAAGACGACCUCGACUCCGAUGACACCAUCAACGAGUACGCCCGCAACGAGCAACACGUCCUCCCUCUCCAACUCGCUCAGCUCCAAUGCCUCGCCCUCACACUUGCGCAAGUUCUCCCUCCACCCGCCUUCGCUUCUGACACCUUCGUCGAUCCUCAUGACCAUCGCCAAUGGUUCCAGUCCAUUGAACGCGACUCAGUUGGCCGACUUGCGAACGGUCUUGACUUCCGCUCGAUUACAGGCGAACGAACGACUCGUCAUUCGCGAUUCCAACAAGAAGAAUCUCGUGGAUCGCCAACUGCACGAGAAGAAGGUGGCCGAAGAAUCCGCACGAUUGAAGGACCUCGAACGGAAGAAGAAGCGCGAGGAGGAAGAGAGGAAAGAGAAGGAGAAGGCACAAAAGAUUGAAAAGGAACGGUUGCAGAGGGAGCACGAGGCGCAGGAGAGGCGCAGGAAGGAGGAGGAGGAGUUCAGGCAAAUCAAGAAGAAGGAAGAAGAGUUGAAGAUCAAGGAGGACGAGGAGAAGAGGUUGGAGGCGAUCAGGUUGGCGAGGGAGGCCAAGGAACGGAUGGAAAAGGAAAAGGAGAAGGAGAAGAAACGGUUAGAGGAAGAGGCUGAAGCGGCGGCACAAGCCAUUGCGGCAGCGGCAACUGCAGCAGCCGAGGCGAAAGCGGCUGCAGAGGCCAAGGAGGCGAAGGAGAACGCGCAUGAAGAAGCAGGGAAGGAGGAUGUCGAGAUGGAGCAAGCCGAUGCUGUCGAUUCCAAAGUGCUUGAUUCAACAACGAGUGCGACUGCUCAAGGUGAGUUGGUCGAGCUUGGUAGGAGUCUGCCUCCCGCAAACGCUCAGCUUUUUUUUUUUCACCCCCCUCAGUCCCGACCAUCAACAUCGCCGGUUCUGUGGAGCCCGAAGAUGAGGAAGAAGGUGGUGAUCAACCUCGACCACCUGUACGGGACAGCAAAAAGAAGAAGCGCAAGCGUGAUCAAGUCGUCGACUCGGAUGACGAAGACGGCAAAGAGUCUUCCCACGACUCCGAUAGCGAUACCCAGCCGUCGGCGCAGAAGAUCCGCAAACUUGACGCUCCUUCAUCGGCGAGUGGUACAUUGGGGGUCAAGAAAGAGUCGCCUACACCGAGCCCGAUCAUUCCCGUCACACCUUUGCGGGAUGGACCGUCGACAUCCGAAAGCAUUGUCAACCCCUAUGAAGGCCUGACGCCGAUAGAAAGAAAACUGAAGGAGGACAAGUUUGUCAAGGUGAGCACCCAAACCUCCUUCCGGGCUAAGGAGGUGUGUGCUGAUUAUUUGAUCCUUUUGAUGUCGUCAACAGCAUUCAAUCCCUAUCCGGCCACCCGCACCAGGGACUGCCACUGCAUUUUACCUCCCGACCCAGUCGCUCGUCCCUCCCAAGCCCAUCUCCAUCACUCCGACACCCACACCAAAACGCCAAGCCGACGUCUCUGGCGACUUCUCCACCGCCAAACCCGGUACCCAAAUCGCUCAUCACACAUUCCACACCUGGGCCGACGCCUACCUCCGCCCUUUUGGGGAAGACGACCUCGCGUUCCUCGCUCCCAAACCGGACGAUUGGGCACCUUAUUUCAUCCCACCUUUGGGGAAACAUUACACCGAACAAUGGGAAGAAGAGGAUCAUGAUCUACCACCCUCGAAUACAAGUCAUUAUGCAAGUCCAUUGGAACCGCCUCCUUUACCGAGGAUCAAAUUGGAUGCGUUGAAUGAGGACGCGUUGGGCAGUGAGGUCGUGACGUUGGGUCCGUUGAGUGAACGGUUGGUCGCUGCUCUGGCGUUCACGGGGGGUGGGAGAGGGGAGAAUGAGGAUGAUGAACCGAGUGGGACGAACGGGAUGACGCACCCGAAUGGGACGGGGUUGGACCUCGCGGCUCAACUUGUGGAUCCGGGCGCCCAGACUCGACCCCUCGACGCCGUCGAAUUGGAAGAGCGUAUCAAGCGCGAACUUCGCUUCAUCGGUCUCUUACCCGAAGAUGAAGUCGAUUGGUGCUCCCGAGAAGACGACGAGAUCUCCUCGGCUUUACGAUCCUGUCAAAGGCAACUACAUCGUCAGACGAUGGUGAAUGAAGCGAGGAAAGUCGUGCUCAGCGGGAUCGUCAAGGAUCGGAUGGCGUAUCAGGAUUAUGAGACGACUCGGGAUGCUCAGGAAAGGGUCAUAGAGAACGGCUGGUUGAAGCGACAGAAAACUCAAGUCAAGAAAAAGGGCAAAGCUGCACGUGAUCGCAAUCGGAACAAGAAGGAUAAAGAAGUUGAAGAAGAUGCCGAAGGGUUGGAGGGUACGGGUAAACAACCGUUGAGUUUGAGUUUGUUGCAGGCUGUGGAUCGGCGACAUGUCUUGGUCGAGAGCUUUAGGCCUUUCUUUGAGGAGGAGAAGGCGGGCAGGUUUUGGGGCAUCCCGACGACGAGCGUCUACGAAGGACUCGUGGAGGAGACGGAGGAGGGGGGAUUGAAGGGCGAGUUGGUUGAAUGA